UGAAUGGGUAGGGCAGCCGAAAAGAAAAAAAUGCAAAGAGAGAAAGAGUGAGACCAUUGAUUUUUCUCUUGUUCUAUCGCAUCAUAUCAUCACCAUCCUCAUGCGAUGUUGUAGCGCUCUUCACUCUCAGAGCGCGUAAAUGGCACAUCUUCACCUUCUCCGAUUGCAAUUCCGAUUAUCCUCUUCCUCUUCCUCUCUCUUCACCGCCCCAAAUUCCGCCUCUGCCAGCACCCUCUUCUCUCCUCUCGCCUAUUCUUCUCCUGCACCACCGCCUCCUCCCACUCUUGCUUUCGCGCCCAGAAAGCACCUUCUCUCUUUCAAGUCAACCCUCUAUUUAGUCCCUAGCAAGAGGGUAUUGCUUAAAGAUUCAAAAUUGCCACACAAGUAUCCCAAUUGCAUGUAUUUCAUCAAUCAAAUUACUCAUACCUCAUGGACUGAUUCACCCAUCCAAUGCAUGUUUCAAAACACGUACGCGGUAUGUGCAACUGUUGCUGAAACUGGUCAGCCAAAAUGGUGGGAAAAGAAUGCACCAAAUAUGGUUGAUAUUCACUCCACGCAAGAAUUUCUGAGUGCUUUGAGUCAAGCUGGAGAUAGACUUGUUAUUGUUGAAUUUUAUGGAACUUGGUGUGCUUCUUGCCGAGCAUUAUUCCCUAAGUUAUGCAGAACAGCUGAAGAAAACCCCGAAAUUCUUUUUCUCAAAGUAAAUUUUGAUGAGAAUAAGCCAAUGUGCAAAAGGCUGAAUGUUAAAGUACUUCCUUACUUCCACUUUUAUCGUGGAGCUGAGGGGCAGCUUGAAUCGUUUUCAUGUUCACUUGCCAAGUUUCAAAAAAUAAAGGAUGCCAUCCAGAUGCAUAACACGGCACGAUGCAGCAUUGGUCCACCUGUGGGCAUUGGCGAUCUGCUUGCUGAACCUUCCUCUGCUGCCAAGGAUAGACCUGUGGAAUCCGUUUAAGCAUAGUACUUGUAUCUUCUAUUCACGCAUUUGUAUUAUAAGCUAUCUCACAGAGGGAAACCCCAAAGAAACUUAUAAUAUAUGUACUCUGUAUAUUUACUACUUUAUUUUUAUUUUAUUUUUUGGUUUUAGAAGGAUACCUAGCAGAAUUGUUUGUUCUGUCUCAUUCUUGACCAUUCAUUAGCUGAUUGUAAUCGUCUACUUUAAAACUUCUGUUAAAUGAAAUGUUGUGAUUUAAUUCUUUUGCUAAAUCUGGCUUGACCAGGGUAA